AUGGGCGUUUUAAAGGAUUCAAAGAGCACAGACAUCAGCGUGAUAGUGUCAAACGAAGUUGACAAUAAAGUUGCAGAUGAGGCACUCUUCUAUGCCACAAAGAGUAAAUCUUAUGAAUUGACUGAGGAAGAAAACAAGAAACUUUUAAGAAAAAUAGAUUGGUGGCUCAUGCCUCUUAUUUGUGCUUUAAUGUCUGUUCAGUUGAUGGAUAAAUCCACAAGCUCGUAUGCAUCUAUAAUGGGAAUGAUAGAAGAUUUGAAUAUGACUGGGCUGGAGUAUUCAUGGGUAGGAACCUCUUUCUAUCUCGGGUAUUUAAUUUUCGAAUUGCCAGCGAAUUUGAUUUUGCAGAGAUUUCCAUUAUCAAAAGUUUUAAGUGUCGCUAUAAUAAGUUGGGGAGUAGUUUUAUGUUGCCACGCAGCGUGCAGAACGGCUUCAACGUUUUUACUUUGUCGUACGCUUUUAGGUAUUCUUGAAUGUUUCAUGACGCCUGCUUAUAUUAUUUUAACAACGCAGUGGUAUAGGAAGUCCGAGCAAUAUAUGAGAUGUAGUAUUUGGCAAGGCUUUCAGGGAUUCGGUACUAUCUUAGGUUCAGGCAUAGCAUAUGGACUUUAUACACACCUGAGCCUGUCACUGCUUACAGCAUGGCAAGACCUAUAUGUUAUUACAGGAGUUAUUACGAUUGCACUCGGACUUAUCUCUAUUUUUCAUAUUCCUGACAUUCCAGCUAAGGCAUGGUUUUUGGAUGAGAAAGAGAAACUAGAUGUCGUGAACAGAAUUAGAGAAAAUAAUCAAGGUUUUGGUAACAAACACUUCAAAUGGUAUCAAUUUAAAGAGGCAUUACUUGAUAUAUGCACUUACUCUUUACUAUUUUACAUGAUAGGAUACGGUAUUUCAAACGGAGGUUUAGGUAAUUUUGGUUCUAUUGUAUUACUGGAUGAUUUCGGUUUCGGGACAGGGCCAGCAUUAUUGAUGAAUAUGAUAGGGGGUGGUAUAGACGUGAUUUUUCCUGCACUUUUUGCUUAUAUCCAACGUAAAUUUUCUAUUAGCAGAUUGCUUGUUUGCUUUUUUAUCAACGCUUUAAACUUUACUGGCCUUUGUCUUCUAGCGUUUUGCAAAUAUAGCAGCGCUCGUCUUGUUGGAUACUACUUAAACUAUUUACAAACUGCAAGUUAUGCCACGAUGACCUCAAUAAUAGCGUCUAAUAUAGCGGGCCAUACUAAGAAAGUUACGGUGAGUGCCGUAUUUUUAGUUGGUUUUUGUGCCGGUAAUAUGAUAGGACCACAGACAUUUCUCGACUCUGAAGCUUCUUCUGACUAUCCGACCGCUAAGACAGUCAUGGCAGCAACUGCAACAUUAAGUUUGAUUACUCCGGUAGUCAUGCUAGUGGCAUUCUAUUAUAGAAACAGAAAAAAAUUUACCCAGUUGGUAGAACUUGGUGACACUCAUGUUCAUAUAGAAAAUGCUGAAUUUGCCGAUCAAACAGACAUUGAGAAUAUAGACUUUAGAUACUGCUACUGA